CCCGUUCGGGUUCGGUUAAUAACACUUCGGGUUCGGAUAUGUUUUGUACCACCUUACAAGACCCAUUCGGAUAUUUUUUAUAUUUCGGACCGGAUACGGAUCGGAUUUUUCGGUUUGGAUUCGGUUCGGAUUUCGGGUUACAGAUAUUAUGCCCAUGCCUAAUUCUACUGUUGUCUAAUCCUAAUUUUGGUGAUAUGCCCAAAUUACAAAACUGUACUAGCAAGAUUCAAGAUUGUCUAAUUAUGUGGUUGAAAAUAUGUUUUAAAAUCAUCCUUUUGGGCUAGGCCCUCCACAAGUUAAUAUUUGUGUGCAUAUAAUACAACAAUGAACCCAUUUACAUUUUCUUAUUGGAUUUCAAGUCUAGUCUGUAAUUCAACUCUUUCUUUCUUUCCAGCGCAGCUUUCUGGUCUCAAUUUAUUGUACAAAACGUCAAAAUACGUGGCGUAUACAUACAAAAAGAUACUGUAAUUUAUUCUGUGCAAAUGAAUAAUGUAACAUGUAAUUUAUUCUGUGUAAAUGAAUAAUGUAACUUAUAAGAAACCUAAGAACUUCAUGGUUUUAGUACUAAUCUUUUAUACAAUAAAGCAUAAGUCAAUUGACAUUUCUGUGAUUGACACCUGUCUUUUAAAAUUUUCUUUUUUGAAAAAAUUGUUUACUUUAAAAACAAACAAUACACGUGACAACUCUCUUUUUUAGUUUGGAAAUCUGAGUACAAAUUUUCUCCACUAAAACUAUUUCUUAAUUUAUUUUAUUUUUUUCUUCAAGCACAAUAUCUUUCACCUUCUUCCCCACUAUCCCGUAAAUCCAGCCAUCAACUUCACGAUCUGAUACUCUAUCAUCAACUACCUCUCUUAUAUAUACAAAUAUGAAAACCUAUCGCCGGAAAAAAAACCCACUAUCGUUUUAGCAAAAGGUAUUGUUCUAGCUAUGAGCAAGAUGAAGCUUGCCUUCACUCCUGUUGCUCAGUUAAAGCCAGAUUCUGAAAACGAAAUCUGGAAAAUUAAGGUUCGAAUAGUCCGUAUGUGGCGAUUUCAGAAUGGCGUUAAGCCUGGAGAUGUUGGUGGAAUCGAUUUAAUACUUUUAUAUGAGAAGGGAGAUCGUAUACAAGUUUGCAUUAGAGGAAAACUGAUAUCCAAGUACGAGGACGAUUUGGGAGAAGGAAAAUGUUGUAUUCUGAUGAACUUUAAGUUGUCUCCUAAUCUCGGGAAUUACAGAGGAACACCACAUCCUUUCAAGAUAUUUUUCACUUGGUCAACACACGUUAAGAAGAAUUGCGAGGAGAUUCCAAACGAUUCACUUCGUUUUAAUUGCAUAUCUUUUGAUAACCUUCUUUCACAGAAGCAUGAUGAGAAAGUUUUUGUAGAUGUAAUUGGAGAAAUUGUUGGACCUUGCGAUCUGAAAGAAAUUACAGUUCGUAAUGCUCCAUGUAAAAUUUUAAAUCUUCAACUCAAGGAUUGUGGUGAUUCAAUCAUUAAUUGUGUAUUUUGGGAAAAAUAUGCUGAAGACAUCCAUUCCAAUGUUCAAUCCUUUUUUGGUGGAGCUAUAGUUCUGCUUUGCAGUCUUAUGAGAAUUAAUAUUUAUAAUGGUAAAUCUGUUCAUAUUACUAUACUUUUAUUAAAACAGACAAAUAUUAUUGUCUGUCAUUUGUUUUUGAAAGAAAACUCACGAUUCAAAGUGGGAAAGCUUCAACAAAGUUGUUCAUUAAUUCUGACAUUGCUGAGAUAAAUGAAUUCAAUGAAAAAAUGUCAAAAGAUGUUAUGUCGACAACAUCAUCUGGCUCCCUUUUGACUUUGUAAAAUUGUACCCAAGUUUCUUCGGAUCAUAUUCCAUUUGACAAUCACAAAACAAUUUCUCAGCUGUUAACAUCAUAUGAGGUAAGUUGUAUUUUGUACUCUUUCAUCAAGUUUUUAAAUCAGUUACAUAUGCAGCCAUUUCAUUUAAAUUUUCUCUUUAUCUGUAGGAAACAAGGUGUUGUAUAUAUGCAACAAUAUGUGCACUUAAAAUUGAGGCUCAUUGGUGGUAUCUUGGCUGUCCAGGAUGUGCUAAGAAAGUAAACCCCUACUUAAACCUUGAAACUGAAGAAAUAGAAAUGGAUAAGUUCUCAUGUGACGGAUGCGAGACAAUUGUUUGUUCUACAAAAACAAGGUUUGUCAUUAAGCAAUGUAUAUCAUCUUUUUUUUUGUCAGUAUGCUA